AUGAGUUCAAUAGAAGGGACUCCUUCACUGGAACUUGACGAAGUACUUCAAAAUAGAAACCAACUCGUGUUUCUGAAUAAUGCCAGUAAAUAUUUCACCAAAUCGGAGAAACAACAAGUUGAUAUUGAAAAGACCAGUAAUAGAUUCAAAUAUCUUCUUGGAUUAACUGGUCUAUUCCGUCACUUCAUUGAAGCCAAAGCAAAUAAAGAUCCACUUUUCCGCAAAAUUGUCGAUGAUUUGCACGAUCUGGAAGCAAAGCAUAAAUCAACUAAUCAUGACUCGAUGAGGAGAAGAAAAACGGAAAAGGAAGAAGAUGCUGAAUUGUUGAAAGAGCAAGGGUCAAGUAAACAGCCAUUUGAGUUUACUGAGAGUCCCGGUUAUGUCAACGGUGAAUUGAGACCAUAUCAAAUACAAGGUUUGAAUUGGCUAGUUUCAUUAUAUGAGAAUAACCUAUCGGGAAUCUUGGCUGAUGAGAUGGGUUUGGGAAAAACAUUACAAACGAUUUCUUUUUUAGGGUAUUUGCGAUUCAUGUACAAAAUUAAUGGUCCCCAUUUGGUUAUUGCUCCCAAAUCAACCUUGGAUAAUUGGUAUAGAGAGUUUCAAAGAUGGAUCCCUGAUAUCAAUGUAUUGGUAUUACAAGGUGAUAAAGAUGAGAGGUCUGAUAUGAUCAAGAAUCGAGUCAUGACUUGUGAUUUCGAUGUUAUUGUUGCUUCGUAUGAGAUUGUAAUUAGAGAGAAAGCGACAUUUAAAAAGUUUGAUUGGGAGUAUAUUGUCAUUGAUGAAGCUCAUCGAAUCAAGAACGAAGAAAGUUUAUUGUCGCAGAUUAUCAGAAUGUUUCAUUCAAAAAAUAGAUUGUUGAUUACUGGUACUCCAUUGCAGAAUAAUUUACGUGAAUUAUGGGCAUUGUUGAAUUUUAUCUUACCGGACGUGUUUGCUGAUACGGAUUCUUUUGAUGAAUGGUUUCAAAAAGAUGAAACUAGUGAAGAUGGGGAAGUGAUUUCGCAAUUGCAUAAAGUGUUGAAGCCAUUCUUGUUGAGAAGAAUCAAGGCUGAUGUUGAGAAAUCGCUAUUACCAAAGAAGGAGUUAAAUAUAUACACCAAGAUGACUCCCAUGCAAAAAAAUUUGUAUCAAAAGAUUUUGGAAAAGGAUAUUGAUGCAGUGAAUGGCGCCAACAAAAAGGAAUCCAAAACGAGGUUAUUAAACAUUGUUAUGCAAUUGAGAAAAUGUUGUAAUCAUCCAUACUUGUUUGACGGAGUGGAACCUGGGCCUCCAUACACCACGGAUGAGCAUUUGGUGUACAAUGCACAAAAGAUGAUCAUUUUGGACAAGUUACUAAAAAAGUUUAAGACUGAAGGAUCAAGGGUCUUGAUUUUUUCACAAAUGAGUAGAAUGUUGGAUAUUUUGGAAGAUUACUGUUAUUUCAGAGAGUUCCCUUAUUGUCGAAUUGACGGACAAACAGAGCACGCUGAUAGAAUCAAUGCUAUUGAUGAAUAUAAUAAACCUGGUAGUGAAAAAUUUGUGUUUUUAUUGACUACAAGGGCUGGUGGGUUGGGUAUCAACUUGACCACUGCUGAUGUUGUUAUUUUGUUUGAUUCGGAUUGGAACCCACAAGCUGAUUUACAAGCUAUGGAUCGUGCACACAGAAUUGGUCAAACAAAACAAGUCAAGGUAUUUAGAUUCAUCACUGAGAAUGCCAUUGAAGAAAAAGUGUUGGAAAGAGCAACACAGAAGUUGCGGCUAGAUCAAUUGGUUAUUCAGCAAGGUCGUAAUAAUACUGUUGGUUUAGAUGGACAACAGAGUGGCAAAGCUGCUUCCAAGAAUGAGUUGUUGGAUAUGAUUCAAUUUGGUGCAGCUGAUGUGUUUAAAAAGGGGCAAGACCAAGCACAAGAUCAAGAUCAGGGUGGAGAUCAACAAGAUUUGGAUAUUGAUGAGUUGUUGAGACAUUCUGAAGAGAAAACACAAGAAUUAAACGAAAAGUAUGCCAAGUUGAAUUUGAAUGCAUUGCAGAAUUUCACCAAUGAUGAAAGUGUUUAUGAAUGGAAUGGUGAAAACUUUAAGAAAAAGGAACCAACAGCAAUAACCAAUGUUGGACAUGCAUGGAUCAACCCGGGUAAACGUGAACGUAAAGAGAAUUAUUCCAUUGAUAUGUAUUAUAAAGAUGUGUUGCAUACUGGGGGCGGUCGUUCACAACCAACCGUUUCCAAAUCCGGCCCCAAGCCACCCAAACAACUAAACUUGUACGAUCAUCAAUUUUUUCCAGCAAAAGUAUUUGAAUUAUAUGAAUUGGAAAAGAAUUAUUACAAAAAGCAAAUACAGUAUCAAGUACCUUUGAAAGCUGGUGAUGCGUCAACUUUGAAGCAACGAGAAUUGGAGCAGAAAUUGGAGCAAGAGGAAAUCGCUCAAUCGCGUCCAUUAACUGAAGAAGAACGACAAUUGAAGUUGGAUUUGAUGAAGCAAGGUUUUAGUAAUUGGAAUAGAAAAGAUUUCUAUCAUUUUAUAUCCAGUUGUGCCAAAUAUGGUCGUAAUUCGAUCCCACUAAUUGCAUUGGAAUUUCAAGGCGACAAAACUGAAGAACAAGUGCGUGAAUAUGCCAAACAAUUUUGGCUCAAAUAUCAAGAAAUCGAAGGAUUCGAAAAAUACAUUAAUCAAAUUGAACAAGGCGAAGAGAAAAUCAUCAAGUUACAAGCGCAAAAGGAAGCAUUGAGGAGAAAACUAUCACAGUACAAGUAUCCCCUCUUGGAAUCGAAAUUGAAAUAUCCACCUUCUUCAAACACCAAAAAAGUUUAUAGUGAAGAAGAAGAUCGGUUUUUGCUUGUACAAAUGUAUCGAUUUGGCAUUGAUCUGCCCAAUGUUUAUGAAUUGAUUAAGGAGGCCAUACGUGAUUCACCGCUUUUUCAAUUUGAUUUCUUUUUGCAAAGUCGAAAUGUUACUGAAUUGGCUAGAAGAUGUACUACUUUACUUGGAUGUGUUUUGAAAGAAAUUAAUCCAGAGAUACAAAAGCAAGUUAAUGGUGGAGUUAAACGGUCAAAAGAGUCUACUCCUGUUGCUUCAAAGAAGAGUAAAAAGUAA